AUGGGAAAUACAGUAGUUAAAAAAGCGUCAAACAUAAAUGAAUUUAAACAAGAUGUUUUCAAAAUAAAUUCACUGAUUAAUAAUAGGAAUAAAAAAGCUACAGAUACAAAUAUAUAUAUAACAUUAUCAGUCGAUAUACCAGAUAAUGAAAUAGUUACAGAAACCAUUUUAUGGAAAUUACUUGUUAAUGUUUCAAUUUUAGUUUUUAAUAAAAAAAAUGAUGGAAAUUAUAAAAAUGAAGAACCAAUAUUAAAUUCAAAAUUAACAUUUGGAGAAUUUUAUAGUUUUUUAAAUAAUAUACAAUUAUAUUUUGAAAAAGAAGAUUCAAAAAAUAAAAAUAAUUCAACAACAAUAGCAACAACAACAACAACAGCGGAAGAAAAAUUUAAAAUUGAAGAAGAGGAGGAUAAUCUUUGUCCAAUUUGUUUUGAUAAAGAAGCAACAUUUGUUGUAUCAAGUGAUUGUUUUCAUGCAUUUUGUCCUGAAUGUGCAGAGGAUUGGAAAUCAAGAUCAAAUUUAUGUCCACUUUGUAGAAGAGAAAAUAAUAAUUCAAAUAAAUUAGAUUUUAUAUUAAUUGAAGAUAUUCAAAAUGAACCCUUAUUGGAUUUUAUUAGUAAUAUUUUAAUUCAAAUAAAAAAAUAA